UGAAAGCAAAGAACUAGACCAUGAAAUUCGCUUCGAUUGCCAUCCUCCUGGUGGCUGUGGGCCUUACCCAGGCCACCGACUACUGCUCGUGGGACAUCUGCAAUGGCGGCUCGCACAUUGCCUGCGGGCACAGCAACUGGUGGGAUGGCGCCUGUCCUGGCGAUGCCGAGCUGAUCGACAUCAACGACGACUACAAGUGGGUCUUUGUCCACUCGCACAACGACAAGAGGAACUACAUUGCCGGUGGUUAUGAUCCCAACCAUAAUGCCGCCUGCCGCAUGGCCACCAUGGAGUGGGAUGAUGAGCUGGCCUACCUGGCCUCCUUGAACGUGAGGCAGUGCAACAUGGUCCAUGAUAGUUGCCACAACACGGAUGCCUUCAAGUACUCUGGCCAGAAUCUGGCCUGGCAGGCCUAUUCCGGCGACCUGCCCGACAUGGGUUAUAUCCUGGACAACAGUGUGCAGAUGUGGUUCGAUGAGGUGCACAAUUCAAACAGUGGGAUCAUUGCCGGUGGCUAUCCCUCGGGUUACAACGGACCGGCCAUUGGCCACUUCACUGUGAUGAUGUCCGAGAGGAAUACCCGUUUGGGCUGUGCCGCUGCCCGUUAUCACCGCGAUGGCUGGAACCAGGUUUUGGUGGCCUGCAAUUAUGCCACCACCAAUAUGAUUGGUCGGCAGAUCUACUCCAGCUGUGACUAUGGCUCCCAGGGCUGCAACUCCGGCAGAAAUGGUGAGUUUGGCAAUCUGUGCUCCGCCUCCGAGUGGUACGAUGUCAACAGCUGGUAGAGAUGACUGAUCUGCCUGCUUAAGGUCAUAAUAAAUCCCCAAUGAGAUUCUUA